CGGCUCAUUAGAUGACACAGAAUGUCACCAGUCUAAUGAGAACCUGUCUAAUGGAAACAGUCAUAUCCCACCUAAAGCUGUACGGAACAUCCCCCGGAGACACACAGUAGGCGGGCCCCGCAGUUCAAAAGAAAUUUUGGGAAUGCAGACCUCGGAGAUGGAUCGUAAGAGGGAGGCAUUCCUAGAGCAUCUGAAAUACAAAUACCCUCAUCAUGCUACAGCAAUAAUGGGUCACCAGGAGCGCCUAAGAGAACAGGCUGUGCAGUGUAUGCUGGCCUCGAUCUAUUCAGAACUUGACAUUCAAGGGUACUUGAUGAAAAUUGAAUCCUCUCAGAGAACGAAGAGCCCAAAGCUGUCCUCCAGCCCUCAGCCAAGCCUGGGAGAGCCGGCUGAACAACUCUCGGAGGCAUUGGCUGACUCAGGAGACGCCAUGUUUGAAGGGGAGUCCACAUUGCCUUUUGUCAGGGGCAGCCGAACAAGGGCCAGCCUCCCCGUCGUCAGAUCAACCAAUCAGACGAAAGAGCGGUCACUAGGUGUGCUCUUUCUACAAUAUGGGGAGGACACCAAGAAGCUUCAGAUGCCCAAUGAAAUCACUAGUGCAGACACCAUCCGUGCCCUGUUUGUAAGUGCCUUCCCUCAGCAGCUUACAAUGAAAGUACUGGAGUCCCCCAACACAGCCAUUUACAUCAAAGACGACGGCAGAAAUAUCUAUUACGAAUUAAGUGAUGUCAGGAACAUUCAAGACAGAUCUUUCCUCAAAGUUUACCACAAAGAUCCGGCUCAAGCAUUCAGCCACACGCCCCGGGCGGUCAAUGGAGACGUAAGGAUGCAAAGAGAUAUUGCAUAUUCAGUUCGAGAGGGCCCAGCAGUUCACCGGCCUGGGUCAGCAACAUAUCCCUCUCAUGGAGGCCCAAUAUCUCCACCUCCUACUCCCGUGCCGCAUUCCAUGCCACCAUCUCCGUCAAGAAUUCCUUAUGGAGGACGGCCACUGGUGGGGCCGAGCAACACCACGAUACAAAGGGAAAGGAUAUCCAGCUUACCAGUCUCCCGCUCCAUAUCACCCAGCCCUAGUGCCAUCUUGGAAAGGAGGGAUGUGAAACCAGAUGAGGAUCUGGGAAACAAAAAUGUCCAGUUAAUGCGCAACGAUGGCAUGUAUGUGGAUCCUUACUUGUACCAUGAAGGUCGCAUGAGUGUUGCAUCGUCCCAUGGUGGGCACCCAAUGGACAUGCCCGACCACCUUCUAGCUUUCCACAGGGGAGCAAUGAGAUCUUCUAGCACUUACUCAAACUCUUCUAUGCAAAUGGAGAUGAUGGAACAAUCGGUUUAUAGACAAAAGUCUCGGAAACACUCGGAAAGUCAUUUGCCUCAACUUGGCUCGAAAACUCCUCCUGCCUCUCCUCACAGGGUGACAGAUAUAAGGAUGAUGGAAAUGCAUGGUCACAAUGCACAUGUGCCACCCCAUGGUAUGCAAAGCGAUAGGUCUUCUCCAAUCCGACAGUCAUUCAAAAAAGAUCAAGGGCCUGGAGUUUUUGUGGAGGCCAAGGUCCGGAACACGGGUGGAAUACUAGGCAUGGCCGAUAUUGUCCCGUCUCCUACUGAAAAACAAGUAUUCAGUGGAUAUGGAGUUCCUUUAGCAGCACAAAAAGAUAUUUAUAAUCGAGACAGAAUGCAUGCCAUGGAGAAACAGAUAGCCAGUCUAACUGGCCUGGUACAGACUGCACUUAUGAAAGGGCCCAGCCCAAGCAGCAGUAAGGAUGCACCUGGUGAAAAAGUCAUUAGGUCUGCAAGCAGCACUCCUCCCAUCACAGACAGUCCAGGUACGGGAGGAGUGAGCCCUGGAAGGAAUACAUUAGCCAUUGUUGAGUCUAGAGCUGCCAGUCAGUCGCCCCCUGCUGGUUCACAAAUGAAAGUCAGCCUGCACGACAUGCGACGUAAUGUGGCAGAACUGCGUCUUCAGCUGCAUAAAAUGAGGCAGCUGCAGCUGCAGAACCAGGAGAUGGUGCGGGCGAUGAUGAAGAAAGCCGAGCUGGAAAUCAGCAGUAAAAUGACAGACAUGGUCAAGAGCCUGGAGGAUCCGGUGCAGAGACAGCGCGUCCUAGUGGAGCAAGAGCGCCAGAAGUACCUCCAGGACGAGGAACAGAUUGUCAUCAGGUUAAGCGACUUGGAGCAUUUUGUGGAAGAUAUAAAGGAGGACUCUGCCUCUCGAUUUGUAACAUUGAAGGACGUUGAGGAUCGAGCUUUUGUGCUGCGACAGAUCGGAGAAGCGGUGUCUAACCUAAAAGGGGAGUUUCCCUACUUACAGAAUAAGAUGAGAGCGGUGCUGCGGGUGGAGGUGGAGGCUGUAAGAUUUCUCAAAGAAGAACCCCACAAGCUGGACAGCUUACUAAAGAGGAUCCGAAACAUGACUGAUGCCCUUUCAUCCUUAAGAAGGCAAGUUAGUGAUGGACCCUCUAAAGUUGUUGACUUCAAUCAGAAUAACCAGUUUAUCAUCACGGAGAAAGUUACAGAAACAGAGAUGACCCGACACAGAGAACCAAAAAGUCAUGCAUACCUUCUGCUAACACAAUCCGAAAACGUGGUGGAAUCACCGACAGUAUCUGUAAAGUCAGAGGUGGUGCCACUGUCAGCUGGGGUCAAAGUUCAUCAAGUACAAAGCUCCCCUGUCCAUAUUCAUCAAUCUCAACACUCUUCAGCACUGGUUAACCAUCUUCAUAACUCCAUUAAUCAGACUGGUCAUGUGACAGAAGUAUCAGCUAGCCAUCAUUCAACAAGUUUACCAGCCACUGCUGCUCAAGAGCAAACCUCAGCUGUACAACCCACUCAGCAUAAUGGAUCCUCUGGGCAGAGCCUAUUUAUUGAUGAAAUUCAGCAUGUGGCCUAUAGGAAUCGAGCUGUCUCCAUAGAGGAAGCAGAGAGAAAGUUUGAAGAGAAAAGACAAAAUCUGGAUCAUUAUAAUGGAAAAGAGUUUGAAAAGAUGUUAGAAGAGGCACAGGCCAAUAUCAUGAAGUCCAUCCCCAGUCUAGAGAUACCAGAUCAGCCUCCAAAAUUGGACAACGCAGAGAAAUUAGAAGUCAUUGAGAGUAGCAAAGAAGUUGAACAAGAAAGUGAGAAAAUAAUCAAGUCACCUCCUCCGCCCCCUCCUCGACGUAUAUUCCCGCAUGGGACUGGAUUUGGCACCACAUGGAGUGCAGAAUGGAGAGAAAGCAAGGUAAAGGACUCUGAAGAGGUAUUUCCAUCCAAGACAGUGACUACAGAAGCAGAAAUUCCAAGAGGUUCCUCAGUUGUGACCACAGUCAUGUCUUCUGCUGUAAAGGAUGAAGAUGAGGAAGAGGAAGGGGAGAGGAUCAUGGCAGAACUUCAGGCUUUCCAGAAGUGUUCCAUAGUGGAAAUUAAUUCAAAGGUGCAGUAUGAGCCCCAUAAAACAGAGACACACGAGAGAGAUUUCAAACCGCCAGGUUUAGCUCUGCACAAGGAGAAGAAGGUAAUUCAUUCAAAAGAAUUUUUAAGGCCCGAAAGCCCAAAACAUGUUGAAAGCACAGAGAACAAGUGGAGAUUUCACUCUGUACAAAGUUCUGCACCUGAUUCUGCUAAGCAUAGGCAGGAGGACAAAGUUGUAGUUACCGAGCAGUCUACAUACAAUCUGUUCAUAGGUAGGGACGAACAUAAAAACAAGGAAGAAGAAAAAGAACCCAAAGGCGAAGAACACACCACUAUACAUAGUCAUCCUAAAAACCAGGUUAUAAACCAGUUGACCUCUCCUGUAGUUCCAGAAGUGGGUAAUGGAAGAAUAGAACACAAGACAGAGUCUUCAAGGUCAACAAUUGUUAAGGUUUCUAAUGUAGAAAAAGUUGUAGAGAACCAGGAUCCUAGCAAAGCUUUCCAGGAACAAGGAAUGCCUUAUUUAGACUUAGGUCAGACAGUUGUACUACGACAGAAGACAUCAAGGAGGAUCGCCAAUCAACCUUCUGAGGACACAGAUUCUCCUGCAAUAUCCCCGACAUCACCAAAUGAACCAAAGUCUCCAGCAGAUAACAUUGCCUUUAUGAUAACGAAUACAGAACUUCAGGUCUUGUCUUCAGGGGAGGUCCAAGAUCUUGUAAACCGAAAGGGAGGCGAGAUCCAGACGGUCAACGUUGAUCAUGAGAAUGUAGAGAAGGUUAACUUGCAUAAUACUACAAAUGCUGGAUCGGAAGAUUCCGUUAUGUGUACAGAUAAGAAGCCAGUCAUUAUUAUAUUCGAUGAGCCAAUGGAUAUUAGGUCUGCUUAUAAAAGGCUUUCAACCAUAUUUGAAGAAUGUGAUGAUGAUUUAGAAAAAAUUAUGACAACUGCAAAGAUUGAAGAGGAAGAAGAAGAGGAGGAGGAGGAAUCCAAUGCACCUGCAGCACAGCACAAGGUCGACUUGGCUAAAACAGUAGCAGAAAGUAUCAAGGUACAGAGCAGAUACAGAUUUAACUAUCCUUCUCUAGCAGAAAUGAAACAGUCUAUGUUCCAGGAUGGGGUGCCCUCUCAGACAUUAGUCACUGACGAAGACCGGUCUGAUGUCUCUGAUUAUCAGUUUGGUCAGAGGCAAGAUGUGAAGAAGAAAUUCAAGUUUAAAUUCCCCAAAAAGCAGCUGGCAGCUUUGACCCAAGCCAUUCGUACGGGGACGAAAACUGGCAAAAAGACUUUGCAGGUGGUCGUAUACGAGGAUGAAGAAGAACCUGACGGAACAUUAAAGCAACACAAAGAAGCAAAAAGGUUUGAAAUAGUAAGAUCCAAGAGCAAAGAGGAAAAUACAAACCCGGCCCUUGAAAAGCUAGAGGUCCACGGUCUUGCAGAGUCCGAUCAAGUGUCCAGGACAGAUGAAAUCAGGCAAAAUACUUACAGAACUUUAGACAGUCUUGAGCAAACCAUCAAGCAGCUGGAAAGCACAAUAAGUGAAAUGACGCCACGACCAGGGUCUGAUAUUAUUGAAAUAAGAGAAGACACCAAAACCUUGUCCCAAACUCCUGUCCUGGCUAAAGAACCUGUGCUGGUGGAGGAUACAAAACUUGUUAUAGAGUCUCCAUCAUCCCUACCUAUUUCAGCGCGUAAGGGUUCAAACGGAGCUCCACAAACCAGCCGAAUGCCAAUACCAAUGUCUUCUAAAAGUAGACAAGGAACCCCGGAAAAAACUAGCAAACAGCCAAAGCUUCAGGAGCCACAGCGACAGUACAGACAGGCUAACGGAGGUGCUAAGAAAGCUGGUGGGGAUGUUAAGGCUGCUUCCCCUACUUUAUCUGCUUCUAAGAUUCCAGCUCUUUCCCCUAACAGUGGAAAAAGCAGCUCUGUUCCUGCUCAAUGUAAUGACACCCCUAACUCCCAUAACCCCCCGGUGAAGUCUCACAUCCCAGUAACCAGCUCUAACACUCAGUCCAGUCGUGCUAUUAACUCUUCUUCCCUCCUCCGUGCUGUGCAUAACGGCACUUCAAAGCUGCAGAGCCCUUCUUACACAGGUAAAGGUCACCAUCUCUCAUUUUCACCGCAGAAUGCCAACGGCAGGCCAUCUCCUGCUGCUACUGCUGCUGCUUCCUCCUCCUCUGCUACUUCUCCCUCUACUUCUGUCUCUCCCACUUCAAUGACUCAAGGUAUGAAGAGCAUCCGUACCAUUCACACGCCUAGCUUCACCAGCUACAAGUCACAGAACGGAAUAGCCAGCAAGAUCAUCACUCCCAAGGAGGCCUCAUAACUCGUGCUAACCCACCACUGUCACUGGAUGUGCCACGGUUCCUACCUUCUUCAGUCUCUCAUGACUUACUGUUCCUGCCUUUGUACAUAACAGGCCUAGCAAUUCUCGUUGACCUUGUUGCUGUUGUAAUUAUAACAUUGCCCUUGUUUUAUUGGUCUUUAAGGCCGAUUUAUAUGAUGUGGGAUAAGGAAAGUGUGUUUGCCAGUAU